UAAAUUGUUUGAAAUGGAUGUCUCUAUUGAAUUGCCUUUCAAAGCAGAAUAUGCCAAGACCGGAAGAGCUGGCUGUAAAGGAUGUAAGUCCAAUAUUGGCCAAGGAUCUUUGCGUAUUGCUGCUAUGGUCCAGUCUGCGUUUCAUGAUGGAAAACAGCCGAAUUGGUACCACGAAUCUUGCUUUUUUAAGAAACAACGUCCGGGAUCAGUUGGUGAUGUUGAGAAUUUUGAAAGUUUGCGUUUUGAAGAUCAAGAAAGGAUUCGCAAAAAGAUUGACGAAUGUGGAUCUGUUGUGGUGUCUGUAGGAUCCAGCAAAGGUGGAACAAAACGUACAAAGACAGAAAAUUCUGCUCUUAAAGACUUUGGUUUGGAGUACGCAAAGUCGGGAAGAGCUGCUUGUCGCGGCUGUGAACAAAAAAUUCUCAAAGACCAAAUUCGAAUUCGCAAGACUGUUUAUGACACAGAAGUUGGUAUGAAAUAUGGUGGUCAACCUUUGUGGCAUCAUGUUGAGUGUUUUGCACAAUUGCGUGGGGAGUUGGGUUGGUUUGUUGCAGGCGAAAACCUACCUGGGUUUAAUAGUCUUUCGGCCGAAGACAAAGAAAUUGUAAAGAAAGCUUUACCAGCCAUCAAAUCUGAAGAUAUGCCGGAAACGAAAAAAAUUAAACUUGAAAAACUGAAGGAGGAAGAUGGAGAGUCGGAGAAAAAAUUAAAGGACCAGUCUAAGCGAUUGUAUAAAUUCCGUGAUCGUGUAAGAGAUGAAAUGCACAAAAAGGACAUAAUUGAGUUAUUACAAGACAACGGGCAAGAUCCGGUGCAAGGAGAUUCAGAAAAACUUCUAGAUCAAGUAGCCGAUCUAUUAACAUUUGGUGCUAUAGAUUCUUGUCCAGAAUGUAAAGGUUGUCAAUUACUAUUCCACAAGUCCGGGUAUUUGUGUAAUGGAUCUUUGACGGAAUGGACCAAGUGCACCUACAAUAUUAAAGAACCGAAAAGAACACCUUGUAAAAUUUCUGCUGAGUUGAGAAGUGCAUAUACAUUUUUAAAAGAUGUUCGUAAGACAACUGAUGUUCGUGCCAUACGAUACAUACCGCCAAGUGCUUCUACAAUAAGUAAAUCUAUUGGCAUUAAAAAGGGUGAUGAACUUGAUGGGCCCAAAGUAAAAAGAGAACGUCCACCUUUAUAUAACUUACAAUUUAUACACAUUGGUUUAAAGGAUUCUGAAAACGACUUAAAAAAAGAAUUAACUGAACUGGGCGGUAAACUCGAUUCAAAAAUUACAGAAAAAACCAUUGCUGUUUUCUCGACUGCAAAAGAAGUUGAACGUAUGGGAAGUCGCAUGGAAAAAGCGAAGGAAAUGGGAUUGCAUGUUAUUCCAAUCGAAUAUAUUGACAAUGUAAAAUCCAAUCCAUCGGGUGCCAUAAAUUACAUAAGCAGCAUGACUUUAUGUGACUGGGGCACUGAUCCAGCAUCACGCGUUCCGCAAGAGGAGCCAAAGAGUGCCAAGUCCAAAAGCAUUUAUACCAAAUCUGUACCUAAAUCGAUGACGCUCAAGGUGAAAGAUGGGCUAGCUGUCGAUCCGGACAGUGGCUUGGAAGAUGUUGCCCACGUGUACAUCUCGCGUAACAAGGAUAAGUUCAAUGUUGUAUUAGGUAAAACUGACAUACAACGCAAUAAGAACUCCUAUUAUAAAAUUCAGCUGCUCGAGAGCGACAAUAAACAAAAGUUUUGGGUAUUCCGAUCGUGGGGAAGGAUUGGUACAACAAUUGGAGGAAACAAAUUGGAAAGUUUUUCAAAUUUGGUUGAAGCAAUUGAGUCUUUUAAGGAAAUCUACUUGGAUAAGACUGGCAAUCAUUUUGAUAAUCGAGCUAAUUUCGUCAAGACUCCUAACGGCAUGUAUCCCAUAGACAUUGAUUACUCAGACAACGACAAAAUAAAUUUGAAUGCCGAUCAUAACAUUAAAUCCGAGCUACCUCAAGCAGUCCAAGAUCUUAUUAAGCUUAUGUUCGACGUUGAUACAAUGAAACGCACUAUGAUGGAAUUUGAUUUGGACAUGGAAAAAAUGCCUUUGGGCAAAUUAAGUCAAACACAAAUAAAGACAGCUUACAGCGUUCUAACGGAAAUAUGCAAACUUAUGGAGGAAGGAGGAUCCAAUGCGAAGUUUAUUGACUGUACGAAUCGUUUCUACACUUUGAUACCACACAGUUUUGGUACAGAGAAACCUCCUCUAUUGGAUACUAAGGAACAAGUGGAGAAAUUGGUGCAAAUGUUGGAUUCCUUGCUGCAAAUUGAAUGCGCGUAUAAUUUACUUCAAAACGAAGAUUCCAAGGAGGAAAUUAAUCCCAUUGAUAAACAUUACGAACAAUUGAAAACGAAAUUGGAACCUUUGGAUAAGGACAGCGAAGAAUAUGCUUUGCUUACAAAAUACGUAAAGAACACACACGCAGCUACACACAAUAUGUACGACCUCGAAGUUGUUGAUAUUUUCAAGGUAGCCCGACAAGGAGAAUCUCGUCGAUACAAGCCGUUCAAAAAACUUCACAAUCGCCGACUCCUAUGGCACGGUUCUCGCCUAACAAAUUUCGCCGGUAUUCUCUCGAAUGGUCUUAAAAUUGCACCCCCUGAAGCCCCGGUAACGGGUUACAUGUUUGGCAAAGGUAUCUACUUUGCUGACAUGGUAUCGAAAUCAGCGAACUACUGUUGUACCAGCAAGCAGAAUUCCACUGGUUUGAUGCUUUUAUCCGAAGUUGCACUCGGAGACAUGAUGGAGUGCACUGCCGCGAAAUACGUUACAAAACUACCAGCAGACAAACAUAGCUGCUUUGGUCGUGGUCGUACUAUGCCAGAUCCCAAAGAAUCCUAUAUACGUGAAGACGGAGUUGAAAUACCCCUUGGAAAACCCAUCACUGAUGACAAAUUGAAAUCUUCAUUGUUGUACAAUGAAUUCAUUGUUUAUGAUAUUGCUCAGGUCAACAUUCAGUAUAUGUUCCGCAUGAAUUUCAACUACAAAUUCUAA